AUGGCCGAGUCUCAGUCACCCAAAGCAACACCCAAGCGGAAGCGCCAUGACAUAAUCACGGCAGGACGUCUUUCAAGCUCACCGACUCCGUCCUCCAACUUUCCAAGUCAUAAGAAUGUCUUCUCCUUUCAAGCACCGGUCCUUCAACCCGUCAAACAAUCCAACAAGCUUGUGGAGGAUGGGGACAGCAGUCCGCGGAGCAAGGUCGCCCAGAAGUUCGGUGAUAUGGCAUUGCAGAGCCGCGGCGGUGGAAGUGAAAGUGGGGGCGGGGUAGCUCCUUCUGAGCUGGGACACCAUCGCCGACUUGAUGCCUCCAAAUUCUCACCGCAGUUGGCUGUCUUUGACUUUGAUGGAGGCGCCAGCUCCAGCACUGGGCGAGAGAUGCAGCUGGACGACGAUGAGGACAGUGUCACACGUAAGCGCCCCAAGCUUCCCGAGAACGAAUCCACCCACGAAAGCCUCCAUACGACCGCUAGCUUUGCCUUGAAUGGAGAGACAAGUGCAGAUGCUGCUGGUCCUGUUCAGAUCGACGACUCCGGACACCUCACCCUGCAUGGAGCGGUAGACCCUACCAUUGUGAGCAAAUCCAAGAAUGGUGGAGUCGGCCGCUUGCAGAAAUCGUAUCCCUCGAUUAAUCGUCUGUCGGAUUCGAAGUCGCGCAGUCGGAAGCGAGCAGGCACACCUCCCCCGGCGUCCUCGAAACGCAGAGCAGCCCCCGGGCCGCCAGUCGAAGAAGAGCCUGACGUUGUCGACCCCAUUCGAGCUGCCCUGACCUGGCACGAGGAUGAGAUUACGGUGUACGACCCAGACGAUAAAGAUGACGACGGUACGGGGCUCAAUGGCAUUGGUUUCAAACCGACAACCGCGAUAGCAUUUCAGCGCGCCCAGAAGCGAAGGCAACAGCUCGCCGAGUAUAAGAAGCGCGAAGAAGGCGAAGCCAGGACUAGGAGGAACCAGCGUCGAAGGGAACAGCUAGGCGGUGGUGCCGAGCUGGAGAGAAAGCACUCCAUGAUGCGAGUGCAUUUCUCCGAGGCAGAACCGACUCGAGUUAUCACGACUUGA